AUGGCUUUGGCGCCUGCCCUUUGGAUCCUCGUCGGCUACGAGUACGGUAUUACGCACUACUUCGAUUUCCCCAACCUAGUCAGUAAUCACUGGUACACCACUCUCACGAUUCUAGUUGCGGAACUCACCGGCCUUACGAAUCCAAUCUUCUAUGCGCGACAAGUCUACUUCGCCGCACCCAGGUAUAGAUGGAUUGUGGCACUUGCCGUUAUCGCCAUGUUCGGCGGCCUAGGCUUCAGUAUUGCUGCUACUGUCAAAGGGCUCCAGUCGCCGAGCUUGGACGAUUUUGCCACAUUCAAUUGGAUAGUAUGUUCCGCAUACGGCUGCACAGUAUUUGCCGAGAUCCUCUUGGCCUCAACACUGAUCUGGUGGCUCCUCCUCAGCAAAUCGGGAUUCGCGCGGACCAACUCCGUCGUGUCCACGCUUGUCACCUACGUGAUACACACUGGUCUACUUAAUACGAUAUUUGGCCUUUUGGUAUUUGUAUUUGCAUUGGUGUACCCACGCAAGUUGAUCUACACCGGCAUCAGUAUCGUCGGUAUCAAGUUGUGCUCCAUCUCGGUUCUUGCCGUGCUGUAUGCCUUGAUGCUCCACCAAACAUAUCAGUACUUCCGGACAUAUCCCGGCGACAGAUUGGCACUGAAGAGCCUGGUCCUCGCUAUCGUUUUCAUGGAGACACUCCAUACAGUCCUAUGGAUCAUCAUCUGCUAUGAAUAUCUCGUUGUGAACUACUUCAACCUUCUCAAUGUCGUCGAAACUCACUGGUAUAUCAAGCUCUCGAUACCGCUCACUGCCAUCACCGGCACGACCAGCCAAAUCUUCUAUGCGGGCCGACUGUACUAUAUUGGCCCCCAGUUGAAAUACAGGCUUCUUGUUGCUGUAGCGGCUUUUGUCAUGUUCCUUGCUCUAGGAUGGGACUUCGCUGCCACUGUCAAAAUCUUCCGUGCCAAGACCAUAUUCGAAUUCUCGCAGUGGACUUGGAUUGUCGCAGUUGCGUACGGUUUCGCCGUGCUGACCGACACUGUCGUCGAUACGCUAGUUCUGUACGCGGUGAACACCGGGCUGCUCACUACCAUCAUUGGCUCGCUCGUGUUCAUCUUUGCAUUGGUGUACCCGGACAACUUGAUAUACGCCGGUUUAAGCAUCCCUGGAGUCAAGCUUUACUCCAACUCUGUGUUGGCCAUGCUCAACUCGCGUCGCUCCCUGUCCGAGCGCAUGAUGCAAGGCUUCGAGGCAGGCUCACACGGCCAGGGGCGUGGUCAGCGCUCGCAAGCGCCUCACACGGUCCUUGAGACAUGGAACGUCCGACAGGUUCCGGUUUCGUUGCCGGUGACUAUGGACUUGACAAGGAGCUUAAGAACCCAUUCCGACACGGCCGAUGAGCCGACAAACGGCGAAGACGCUGAUGCAUCGAAGGCCACCCUCGCAGACGUCCAAGCAAAGAAGGCCGAUCUCGCGUACGUCGACACACCUGUGGAUCAUGCGGUCCCCAAAGACACUGCUGUAACGGUCUGA